GGUCCAAGGGAUACCGGUUUGAGAACGACGUGCUGUAUAAACGCACAGCCGCGGGCACCGACAAGGUCGUGCCGCGCCCUGAGCACCGCGUGAACCUGAUUCGCCGCGUGCAUCAGGAUGUAGGCCACUACGGCGUCAAGAAGACGUAUUCGCUCCUGGAGCCCACUUACUGGUGGACCGGGAUGUACGGCCAGGUCAAGUACGAGGUCGCCGCGUGCACCGCUUGCGACCGGGCCAAGGCCACGUUCGAAGUGAAAGACCCCGAGCUCAAACCUCUGCCCAUCAUGGGUAUGUUCUAUAGAUGGGGCGUUGACCUUUGCAAGAUGCCCGUUCCUUCUCAGGACGGCAAUCGGUACGUAGUGGUGAUGAUCGAGCACUUCACAAAGUGGGUCGAGCUCGUUCCCAUCCCCGAGAAGACGCCUGAGCACACUGCUGCGGCGUUGAAGCGCGUGCUGACCAUGUUCGGCGCGCCCGCUGAGGUCCUGACUGACCAAGGCGACGAGUUCCUGGGCGAGUUCGAUGAGCUCCUGACACGCCUGAUGAUCGACCACCGCCGAACUUCGCGCGGCCAUCCGCAGGCGGACGGUCUGGCUGAGCGCAUGGUUCAGACCAUCAAGAAAGCGUUGCAGAAGUAUUGCUUGGUGUACAACAAGCACCACUGGGACCAGUUUCUCCCCUGGAUUGCCAUGGGGUACCGCAUGAGUCGCCAGGCCUCCCUGGGCGGCUUCUCUCCCUACUACCUGUUACGCCUGAGCACAGCGGCUGCGGCGUUGAAGCGCGUGCUGACCAUGUUUGGCGCGCCCGCUGAGGUCCUGACUGACCAAGGCGACGAGUUCCUGGGCGAGUUCGAUGAGCUCCUGACACGCCUGAUGAUCGACCACCGCCGGACUUCGCGGGGCCACCCGCAGGCGGACGGUCUGGCUGAGCGCAUGGUUCAGACCAUCAAAAAAGCGCUGCAGAAAUAUUGUCUGGUGUACAACAAGCACCACUGGGACCAGUUCCUCCCCUGGAUUGCCAUGGGGUACCGCAUGAGUCGCCAGGCCUUCCUGGGCGGCUUCUCUCCCUACUAUCUGCUGUUCGGCCGACACCCAAUUGUCGGGUCGAAAGUCCGAGACAUAAUCCAGAACGUCGUCAACCUCGACGACCCGGCUGUCUGGGCACGCGUCAUGAGCGACCGCGCCAAGCUGUUCGAGAAAGACAUUCCAGCUGCGUUCGACAAUCUUCUGAUCGCGCAACACCGCGAUACACUGCGCUAUGCGCACACGCGAUUGGGUCACUUCCAGCCCAAGCUUCACCGCUUCGAGGUUGGUGACCUGGUUUACCUACGACGGCAGAAGGCCGACUCCCUGGACUCCAACGUCGGACGGUUAAUCCUGAAGGUGAAGGCAGUCCUGGACUCCGGUCCGUUGGUUUUGGAGGGUCGAGACAAGAAGACCAUAAAAGAGCACGUCGAGAACUGCGCUCCGUGCCACAACCCGAACAUCGAUCUGUGGCAGAAUCCCAGACUGGCUCAAGGGGAUUUGGAUCAGGCUUGCCAGGUUUGCCACAAGGUUUCGGGCGGACUGAACAUGUUGCUCUGCGACAAGUGUGACGACGGCUGGCACAUGAAGUGCCUGGACCCACCGCUGUAUCGCAAGCCAAAAGGGGAUUGGAUCUGUCCACGCUGCGAUGUGCAGACGGUAUUUGGGGCCACCCUGUACCCGAUGUGA